GGGCUCUUCGCGGGGCUGGGCCGGCUGCGGCGGCUGCACCUGCAGCACAACGCCCUGAGCCGCCUGGAGCCCCCCGGCCUCUUGGCGGGGCUGCCCAGCCUGGCUUUUCUGCAGCUGCAGGGCAACCGGCUGGCGGCGCUGCCCGCGGGGCUCUUCCGGGGGACGCCCCGCCUGGUGGACCUCUCCCUGGCCCACAACCGCCUGCGGGAGCUGCCCGACGGGCUCUUCGGCGACCUCCCCGAGCUCUCAGUCCUCAGCCUCGCCCACAACCGGCUGGACCGCGUGGCUGCCGGGACGUUCCGGGGCCUGGACGGGCUGGGACGGCUGCAGCUGAGCCACAACUGCCUCGCCGUCCUCCCCGCGGCGGCCUUCGCCAACCUCAGCAGCCUGGAGGCCCUGGACCUGGCCCACAACCGGUUGGAGAGCCUGCCCGAGGGGCUCUUCGACGCCAACGAGGCCCUGGCCAGCCUGGCGCUGGAGGGCAACCCCUGGCGCUGCGACUGCCGCCUGGCCCCCCUGGCCGACUGGCUGAGCGAUAUGGACCACCCGCUUGGCGCCCGCGUCUUCUGCCGGGCCCCCGCCCCCUUGGAGGGCAGGGCUCUCCUAGCUGCCAGGGAGGAACAGCUCCUUUGCCCCUGCCAGCCUGGCAGUGCCCGCUGCCCAGGGGAAGCUCCGACUCCCACCAGAGAGACAGGCGGCCUGGACUGGGUUAAAUUAGGACGCUGCAGUGCAGGGAAGGUUGGUGGGCACAGGGAAUACUUUGAAAAAGGCUCAGGGCUGUUGGUCUCUUCCAGCAUGUGGCUCAGGGCCACCAUCCUCCUCCUCCUCCUCUUCCUCCAGACCAGCCAAGGGAACCAGCAGAGUUGCAGUGGCAUUCCGAACGGGAGCUGCCCCUAUCAAGAUGUCUACACCAAGACCCGAGAUAUCACAGAGAUCCCCAAGUCAGUAGCUCCCAUUAUCACCGAAAUGUUCUUUGUGGAGACCAGCAUUGUAGAAAUCAGGCAGGGAGCCUUUGCGAACAUGUCUAACCUAGUGAAAAUUGAAUUUAUAAACAGCAAGAUUAAGAGAGUCGAAGUGGGAGCUUUUGAUCACUUGGGGAAAUUGACGGAUUUGGAAAUAACGGGAGCUGAGUUAGGGGAUCUCCCGGUGGGCACCUUCCGGUCCCUGGAUCGCCUGCGCAAGGUGAACCUGAGGGACUCCCAGAUGAGGAGGGUUGAGAAGGGGCUCUUUGAGGGUCUUGGGGAUUUGGAAGAGCUUUACCUGCAUCGGAAUGAAAUUGCGUCUCUCCCCGAUGGAGUUUUUGACGGGCUCCCUAAACUCUCCUUGUUACAUUUGGCGUCAAACCAGCUCUCCAAUUUCUCACGGGAUGUUUUCCAGCAACUGAGCCAGUUGAAGACUCUCCGAUUGCAGGAUAACCAGAUUGGGAGCCUGGCGGAGGGGACCCUGGACAGCCUGCAGGAGCUGGUGGAGCUGAAUCUUGAGAGCAACAGGCUCCAGGCUCUCCCGCCCAACUUGCUAAGACGGCUGGUCAACCUGGAGAAGAUUUUUCUGGACAAGAACUCGAUUGAAGUUCUCCCAGAGGAGACCUUCCUUGGGCUGAGCAAAGUGAAGCAGCUGAGGGUGGCUUCCAACUGCUUGAAAGCUUUCCCGCCCUUGGGGGCCAUGCGGCUGCUGAAGGAGCUGGACUUGAGCAGGAACAAGAUCUCCUCCCUGGAGCAUUUGACUUCUCUCCCCGCCCUGACGACUCUUAAGCUCCAAGGAAACCUCCUGCAGGCCAUCCCCACCGGUCAGUUUGACCACCUGGGAAAACUCACUUCCCUGCAUCUUGGAGACAAUCCGUGGAGGUGUGACUGCCACCUUCUCUACCUUCACCAGUGGAUAAGCGCUAAUGCCAAAAGAAUCAAGGAUGCCAAAAAGUUAACCUGCAGGAGCCCAGGAGGCCUGGCUGGCAAGAAUGUGAUCUCACUGUCAAAGGACCAGCUGGUCUGUUUAACAACCACACCCGUUUUAGCCACCUUCAAAGCCACCCGGGUGCCCACUUCUUCUCCAUCUGCCACCCCAGCAAGGAGAAGCACAGCUGGGGCUGCAGCUCAGCCCCCCAUGCUGCAGGAGGCCCCCACCACGUCUCAGGCCUCAGCCACCAUUCCUCAGACCCAUCCUGCGAAAAGCACCCAAAUCCUGAUGACCAGCAGCUCCCCCACGAGCACCGAAACCCCAACCUCAAGCUCCCCCCUUGCCCCCCCUCAGAGUUCCACCUCAGCCAGGACAAGUCCUGAAGCCGCAACAUCCACAUGUUCCUCAACCACAAAGAAAGAUACCGUCACUGUCUUUGAGAUUCCUUCCACAACCCAUGAAAUAUUUCCCACGACUUCUCCAGCCAAAAGCAAAGAAGCCACAACUGCCACUGAAUUGCCUUCCACAACACUUCAAGCCACAACUUCCACGACUUCUCCAGCCACAACCAAAGACACCACAACUGCCACUGAAUUGCCUUCCACAACGCUUCAAGCCACAACUUCCACGACUUCUCCAGCCACAACCAAAGACACCACAACUGCCACUGAAUUGCCUUCCACAACGCUUCAAGCCACAACUUCCACGACUUCUCCAGCCACAACCAAAGACACCACAACUGCCACUGAAUUGCCUUCCACAACGCUUCAAGCCACAACUUCCACGACUUCUCCAGCCACAACCAAAGACACCACAACUGCCACUGAAUUGCCUUCCACAACGCUUCAAGCCACAACUUCCACGACUUCUCCAGCCACAACCAAAGACACCACAACUGCCACUGAAUUGCCUUCCACAACGCUUCAAGCCACAACUUCCACGACUUCUCCAUUUUGA